ACCACGAGAACCAGCAUUAUGGCUACCACAGAUGUGGCUAUUGGAGUGAUCUUCUUAGCACAGACUGUCAUUGGAAUUCUGGGCAAUUCCUACCUCUUCCACCAUUAUCUGUUGGGGUACAGGUUAAGGUCCACAGACUAUAUCCUGCAGCACUUAAUUACAGCAAACUUCCUAAGUCUGCUGUGUACAGGAGUGCCCCAGACAAUGGCAGCUUUCGGUAUGAAAGACUUCCUCCGGGAUAUCGGGUGCAAACUAGUUUUCUAUCUUCACAGGGUGGGGAGGACAGUAUCCAUCAGCAGCACAAGCUUCCUGAGUGUCUUCCAGGCCAUUGCCAUCAGUCCCAUGGGCUCCACAUGGGCAAAGUGUAAAUUCCAAGCUCCCAGAUACAUUGGCUCUUCCCUAUGUUUGACCUGGAUCCUCUCCCUUCUUGCCAACGUUGCUUUUCCUGUGCACAUGACUGGAAAAUUUGGCAACGUAAACAUCACAAGUCUAAAAGAGUUUGAAUACUGUUCCGUUGUCCGUAACGACAAAGUCAGUGACAUCCUCUAUGCAGUAUUACACUCAAGUCCUGAUGUGUUUUUCGUGGGUCUGAUGCUGUGUUCCAGCAGCUCCAUGGUUUGCACCCUCUACAGACACAAGCAGAGAAUGAAACAUAUUCAUAGGAGCAACUUCUCCCUCGGGCCCUCCCCUGAGACCAGAGCCACAAAGACCAUUCUGCUCUUGGUGAGCACCUUUGUCUGCUUUUACACAGUUUCCUGUCUCUUUCAUAUUCAGUUAGCUCUCAUUUAUCGUCCCACAUGGCUCUUGGUAAAAGCUGCUGCAGUUGUCUCUGUGUGUUUCCCAACUGUGAGUCCCUUUCUGAUGAUGAGCCAAAACUCCUGUGCAUCUUCACUCUGUUUUCAGUGUGCAAGGAAUAGAAAGUACUAGU